CAAAACCCUCCAAAACCCUCCGCCUCUUACCAUUCUGAAAAUGAGAGGCGUUUUUCUCAAGAACGGUCUUGUUCAUCGUUUUUCUCAGAUUUGCAAGUCAGCUGAUGCGAAGAACCCAUUUCUGAUCGCCAGAGAUCGUGAUGCUAGGGGCAGUCACCAUUAUCACAAUUUCUUGAACAAAAGCAAAGAAUCGGCUUCGGGGGCCUUUUCUAUUCCCUUUUCUUCUUCAUCAUCUCCUUCUCGAUCAAGAGUUGGAUUUGUUGCGUGGUAUUUGGGGCUGGUCCAGUCACGACCCCUUCUCACCAAAAGUGUCACUUCCUCGCUUAUUUACGCUGCUGCGGAUUGCACAUCCCAGACAAUUUCUCGUCAAUCUUCAGAACCAUAUGAUUUUAUGAGGACUCUGCGCAUGGCUGGAUAUGGUAUACUAAUUUUAGGACCAUCACUGCAUUUUUGGUUCAAUUUCAUGUCAAAAGUCCUUCCACAGCGGGAUCUAAUCACUACAUUGAAGAAAAUAUGCCUGGGGCAGACAACCUUUGGACCUUUUAUGACUGCUAUUUUCUUCUCCGCAAAUGCAGCUGUACAAGGUGAAAAUGGUUCAGAUAUCAUUGCCCGAUUGAAACGAGACUUGAUUCCUACACUGAUAAAUGGUGUUAUGUACUGGCCCCUAUGUGAUUUUGUUACAUUCAAAUUCAUCCCUGUCCAUUUACAGCCAUUAGUAAGCAAUUCAUUUUCGUACCUUUGGACGAUCUACAUGACAUACAUGGCAAGCCUUGAGAGAGCAGACAUCCAGUGAUGAUUAUAAACGGUAUCUGUUGUCCGAUCGAGCCCCAUGAAUCCUCCAUGUUCCGAAUUCGUCCCCUUGUGUUCCAGCUAGUUGUAGCAAAAGCAGAAUCAAUUCAAAUCAAUCUCCUAUGUGACAUCUUAAGGCAGAAGCAUGGGUGAAGCAGAAUUAAAGAGCCCCACUUAAUAUUCAAUCUUAGACUGAGCAGCAAACUCUAACCUUCAUGCAUUCAUUGUAAUUGUGAAACAUUUCAUUAUAGGAAAUCAAAUCAUUGAAUUUUAGUUUCAGGGUGUUGUAAAUCAUUGGGUUAAUGAAAAAUAUUUUUCCUGUUUCUGUUUUCUUGAAAA